UCUUCUAGUGUUGUCCCCUUCCUUUAAUUUUCCCCGUACUCUCUGCGCGCAAGCUACGGAUUGGAUACCAUAUCAUGCGACGGCAUGCCCUGCAUACAUUAGGCGCCUCGGAUCCUGGCGGGCUCAUUGGAGGAGAGCACACCGAUGUCACCGACCUCACCCAGUGAAGAGAAAGAGGGAAAUAGUGACUACUAACAGUCUAACACAAUCGAGAAGGGAGGGGGAAAAGGUUGACUUUGGGAACGGGAUGCGGGGCAGAAGCAACCACUCGGCCGGCCACACCAAAUCCUCGAAUGAUCGUAAGGGUGACUUCUCUGAGUUUUCCUAUUUGUUUCUACUAUCUACAUUCUGUGACCUCUUUGCCGAACAAGGGAUGAUGCGGAUGCGACAGCCCAACAAUGAAGGCAAAAGGCAUCCAGACCGACCUGCGCGUUCGUGAUGAUGUAUGCGGGCCAGGGCCUGCCUACCUACGUGGUACUUGCUUUACUCACACAGCGUACCUUGCCCACCGCCGAGGAACCAUGGAGGGGGGAGGAAAGGUGUGUGGUCGAUCAGAGCGUUGAAGUUGCUCGGACGAUGCGGUGACUAACUGCAAAGGAAUGGAACUACUGAGGUAAACCUGCACAGGAAAGACUAAUAGUGGCUCGAGAAACUUCCCGGUGGCGAUUGGAUCUGGACGCGACAACGCAGCAGCGAUCUGUCGAGGUGCGGAUCCUUGAGAUCCUAGCAUCGACAAGCCGUGAUGAUGCCGAUGAUGCUUGGACGUUGGGGGGAGAGGGU